AUGGAGGACAGCGACAAGCUGCUGGCGGGGCGCUACCGCCUGGGCAGGAAGCUGGGGUCGGGCUCGUUCGGGGACAUAUACUUGGGAAUUAACAUGGAGACGAAGGAGGAGGUCGGGAUUAAAUUGGAACCGGCAAAAUCGAGGCAGCCCCAGCUGCUGUACGAAUCCAAACUGUACAAGAUACUGAAGGGUGGAGUGGGCAUCCCGAAUGUGCGGUCAUACGGCGUGGACGGCGCCAACAACUACAUGGUCAUGGACCUUCUGGGACCGAGCAUGGAGGACCUGUUCAACUUCUGCGGCCGGAGGUUCAGUUUGAAGACGGUCCUGAUGUUGGCAGAUCAGAUGCUAUCCAGAAUCGAGUUCCUGCAUUCCAAGAGCCUCAUCCACCGCGACAUCAAGCCUGACAACUUCCUGAUGGGCCUGGGCAAGCGCGCCAACCAGGUGCACAUAAUCGACUUCGGCCUUGCCAAGAAAUACCGGGAUCCGCGCACCUUCCAGCACGUGCCCUAUUGCGAGGGCAAGAACCUGACGGGCACUGCGCGCUACGCCUCCCUCUGGGCCCAUCGGGGCAGCGAGCAGAGUCGGAGGGAUGACCUGGAGGCCCUUGGGUAUGUGUUGAUGUAUUUUCUACGCGGCAGCCUGCCAUGGCAGGGCCUGCAGGCAGCCACCAAGAAGCAGAAGUACCAGAGGAUCAGCGAGACCAAGGCAAAGGUGCGGCUGGAGGACCUUUGCCGAGGGUGCCCUCAGGCUUUCGUGGACUACUUCACGUAUGUGAGGACUUUGAAAUAUUAUGACAAGCCGGACUAUGCAGGCCUGAGGAAGAGGUUUCAGAACUUGUUUCACCGCCAAGGUUAUUCAUGGGAUUACAACUUCGAUUGGAUUAACCAGAAGAUCAGGCGGAAGCCAGAUAGCAGUUCGACGGGGCACAAGGGACACACGCAGGAUGCUGGUGGCAAGCUGGGUUCUGCAGUGACACAAGGGCUAGUGCCGCAGCCAAGGGAGAAGAAGCACAAGGACAAGGACCUCAACAGUAAGCUGACAGGGGCCAAGCGAAUAUUGGCGUGUUUCGUCCGGAGUUGA